ACACAUUUUUUCUAAAAAAAUUUGAUAUUGGGAGUCCCCGUAUUUUCCGUUGAAAGCAUUGUAUAAGUUGAAGGGAUGAGGGCUCUCCCCAAGUUUGGGUGUGAUACUGAAACCCAUGUCAUGUGAAUGCCUAUCAUACACCAAAACAAAGAUAGGCUCUCUUGAGUCUCAUAAUAAUGGCAAGUGGGAGGAGGAGAGCACUGAAAGACUCCUCCUCAACCAAGUCAAAGUCAAAGUCAUACACACUUCCCUCCUCACCCUCCCAUUCCUUCUCUUCCUCCUCCUCCUCCGACUUCGAGUUCACCAUCUCCAUCUCGCCGCGCAAAUCCUCCGCCGCACUUUGCCCUGCCGAUGAGCUAUUCUACAAGGGCCUCCUCCUCCUCCUUUGCCAGCGACCUCGCCCUCUUCCCCGACUGCGACUCCUCCCGCCCUAGCUCCGUGACCGACGACGACGAGCUCAAGCGUCUCCAUAACCCUUCCAAGGAGUAUCCUCACUCCCAAAUCAAGAAGAACCACCCUAAUAGAUACUUCUCCUUCUCAAGAUUCUCCUCUGUUUUCCGCAAGGACACCACCACCACCAACAACAACAAAGUGUGCGAGACGGAGCAUCACCACCAUGUGGCCGCUUCUUCUUCUUCCUCCUCCGUGAAGCGAAUGAGCGCCACUGCCAGAGAUGUCAUAAGGAAGUACUUGAAGAAGGUGAAGCCUCUUUACGAGAAGCUUUCGCAGAAGCAACAGAGAACCGGGGAGUUGUUGGCGGAGGGCGGUGGUGCGACUGUGAAUGCAACAACGACGACGUCUUCGCGGACGGUGUUGUCUCUGUUAACGACUAUAACAGAGAGAUCCAAAACAGAGGGUGGUUGCAGUGGGAAGAGAGGGAUGAAGGAGAACGUUUCUGGUGUUCUGUCUCAUUCUUUCUCCGGGAACCUCAGGUACCCUCGGAAGAGGAGAAGCUGCGUCUCCAGUUGCCCUUCGUCCAUGAGAUCGUCGCCCAGUCAUUCCGGCGUGCUCUCUCAGGGCGGCGCCAGAGCAGGGAUGCAUUUCGGGGACUCUUCUUCCAUGGAAGAGUUGCAGAGCGCAAUCCAAGGCGCAAUCACACAUUGCAAGAACUCUUUGAUGCAGAACAAGCUUGACACUGGUGCAGCUCAGUAACGAAAGAGAGAGGUUUUAACUUCCAAUUUGAUCAUGCUCUUAAUUUCAUCUUCAAUAUUCGUAUGCCUUCUUAGAUCUGAUGAAUUCUGAUUAAACAACCAUCAUGUUCAGAAAACAAUUUCAGCUUCUUCCUUUUUUUUCCCUUGCUUGUUUUUGUCAUUUUACAUUAGACUUAGAUUCUAAUUGUGGGAGUGAGGUUAAAAACCUGCAUGUGACUUAUUUGGAACGUCCUUUUGGAUUUGCUAGUGUAAAAGUUAGCAUAAGCUUAAAAGUUGUAACUUUUUAUUCUGACUAUAUAAAUAAAUAUAAAUGUACCAUAUAUAUCCACCGUACCAGUGGCCUUGGAAAUUUGA